AACGAGUCUCUUUAAACAUCGCAUUCGUGUUGGCAGAAAGGAAUCUAAAAUCGUUCUUGUGAAUUGUAACGUAGUAAUUUCUUAAAAGAUCUUGUUGCUGUAUUUUACAUAGCCUACACUUGCCUACUUGAUAUUUUGUGGCACAGAUUGCUUUUAAUUCGAAGAAAAUGGCUGUCCGUACCAGAGCUCAAACGUAUGCUUUAGUUGGUCAUAAUACUGCAGACAUAGAAAACCAAGCAAAUGCAAGGCUAGCUUUGUUAGCUGCCAAAACUGGAGUAACAACCCGAAAUAAUGGAGACCAACCCAGAGCAGCUCUUGGCAACAUCAGCAAUGUGGCUAGGCAGUCCAAUAGGCUUUUAAAUAAGGCUGUGAAGAAAGAUAGACCAACUCGAAUGACAAAAUCUAAGGCAACAUCUUCCCUUCACUCAGUUACAAGUUUACAACCUCAAAAUGAAGUGGAACCAAAAUCCCCAGAGGCAAUGGAUACAGUGGAUGUUGGUGAAAUUGCAGUGGCUUUCUCUGAGAAAAUGGUCCUGAACAUAGAAGACAUUGAUAAGAAUGACACGGACAACCCACAACUCUGCUGUGAAUAUGUGAAUGAUAUAUACGAUUACAUGAGACAAUUAGAGCGUGCACUGAAAGUAAACAAGGAUUAUAUGGAAAAUCAAGCAAUCAACAGUAAGAUGAGGACGAUUCUUGUUGAUUGGUUGGUUCAGGUACAUCUUCGAUUCCACCUCCUACAAGAAACUCUCUUCCUCACAGUACAGCUCAUUGAUCGCUACCUAGAGAUUAAAGCAGUCUCAAAGGACAAACUGCAGCUGGUUGGUGUCACCGCCAUGUUCAUUGCAUCGAAAUACGAAGAAAUGUACCCACCAGAGAUUGGCGAUUUUGUCUACAUCACCGACAAUGCAUACACGCAGAGUCAAAUCCGCAGUAUGGAGAUCCAAAUGCUGUCUGCGCUCAACUUCGGUCUUGGCAAACCUUUGUGCAUCCAUUUCCUUCGUAGGAAUUCUAAAGCUGGCGAGGUGACUCCAAAGAAGCACACUCUAGCAAAGUACCUGAUGGAGUUGACCCUUCCAGACUACGAGAUGGUGCAAUACGAUCCUUCAGAGAUAGCAGCAGCUGCCCUUUGCCUUUCUAUGAAACUCCUGGAUGCUGAGGCCGAGUGGAAUCCGACACUGGUUCACUACAGCACCUACACAGAAUCGUAUUUAAUGCCAAUUAUGAAAAAAAUAGCAGCUAUUGUACACAAAUCGCCAGUUUCAAAAUACCAGGCUGUCCGAUCAAAGUACGCCAGCAACAAGUUUCUCAAGAUCAGUACAUUGCCAGAACUAACUUCCACAACUAUUCAACAUCUUGCAGAGACCUCGUAAAUCUCCAGUUGCAGUUGUAUUUGUAUCGCGUAUGCUACGAUAGUAUAUAUAAAACUAUUCACUUGGCAGUUGCCAAUUUUAUCAUGUCUACUGUACAGAGCAAAUUCCUUCACUGUAUAUUAUCAUGCCAAAGUAUAGAAAUUACUACUACAGAGAAUUGUGUAAAAUAUUAAUACCAGCAACUACAUGUGUACAUAUGUCCAUUUCCUUGCAAAUGGAUACUUUAUUAUGUUUUAGUUGAUUUGUUUUAGAGUAUAGAUAUAAUGUAAAUGUUAGAAUUAAUGAUUGCGUGCAUUAGCCAUAUUGUGUUUGCCCACCAAAAAGCAAAUUUAUCGAGUUCAUUAAUAGCUUUGCCUUUUAGUGGGGUUAAUAUUUGUACUUGUAUUAUAUUGAAUUGAUAUUAAUAAAAUCUGAAUAUUAAAA